ACACAUGAUCUAAAACUCAAGUUGCAAAGAGCAUCAUAUAUUAUUUACUCUUCUGUUUUCUUUCUUUUUUCUUUUUCUCUCCCUCUCAGAAACUCUAUUCCUUUUCAAUUUAGAAAUACAACAUGGCAUCUGAUGGCUGUGUGAAGGGGAAGAGGAUAACAAUUUUGAGCAUAGAUGGUGGUGGCAUUAGAGGCAUUAUCCCUGGAACUAUUCUAGCUUUUCUCGAGUCUAAACUUCAGGAAUUGGAUGGUCCAGAUGUGAGAAUAGCAGAUUACUUUGAUGUAAUUACUGGUACAAGCACAGGCGGAUUGGUUACCUCCAUGCUUACUGCUCCUAACAAGAAUAAUCGACCUUUGUAUGCUGCAAAAGAUCUUACCCGCUUCUACGUAGAACAUGCACCUAAAAUCUUCCCUCAAAGAAAUCAUUUCUUGAGUUCAGUGAUGAAUUCAUUGGGAAAAGUUACGGGACCAAGAUAUGACGGAAAAUACUUGAGGACAUUGAUAAACAACUUGCUUGGCGAUAUAACGCUCAAGGAAACACUAACACAAGUCAUCAUUCCUGCUUUCGACAUUAAACGUCUUCAACCAGUGAUUUUCACCACAGUCGACGCUAAAUUGGAUGAGUUAAAGAAUCCAAAAUUAGCAGAUGUUUGUAUUAGUACUUCUGCAGCGCCAACCAUCUUACCUAGUCAUGAAUUUGAAAUUAAGGACUCCAAAGGGAAUAAACGUAGAUUUGAUAUGGUUGAUGGUGCAGUUGCAGCCAAUAAUCCUACAUUAGCUGCAAUGACUCACGUUCGAAAAGAGAUGAGCAUAUGGAAAGAGAAAAGUGAACUUAUGCCAAUAAAACCAAUGGAAACAGCAAAAAGGAUGUUGAUACUUUCAUUAGGGACAGGUGCACCUAAAAAUGAAGAGAAAUAUAGUGCAGCUGUUUCUUCAAAAUGGGGUAUGCUUGGUUGGAUUUAUCACAGUGGAUCAACACCUAUUAUCGAUAUUUUCACUGAUGCAAGUGCUGAUAUGGUGGAUUAUCAUAUUGCUAGCGUCUUCCAAUCUGAACACCAUCAAAAAAACUAUCUUCGUAUUCAGGAUGACACAUUAACCGGCGAUGUAUCAUCUGUGGAUGUUGCAACCGAAGAGAAUUUAUUAAAGUUGAUUGAAGUAGGAGAGAAUUUGCUUAAGAAACAAUUGUCAAGGGUUAACUUGGAAUCUGGAAUGUUUGAGCCACUUGAUGGUCAUGGAACCAAUGAGGAGGCCCUCAUUGAAUUUGCUGCAAUGUUAUCAGAGGAGAGAAAAUUACGAUUGUCUUCUUGAGACCCAAUUCCAUUAAUAUUUCAUGGUUUUAUUUAUCUUUUUUAUUUGAUACUUCUU